UACAUUUGUUUUCAGCUAUAAAUUUAAUCGAGACACAGCUGUUUCAAUAUUGAUUUUAUUAACGCUUUGUUUAUAAAUUUUUAUUCUAAUUCGAAUAGAAUACAAUAAAAGUACAACAUGACUCCACAGGACGCAGAUUUAGCAUUCAAGACCAAGAAAACUUCAGAAAAAAUAUGCGAAAACAUACAUAUUGUAGCGAAUGAUCCAUCAUUGGCAUUCUUUCGCAUACAGGAACACGUACGUAAGGUGCUACAACCCAUUUCAGAUAAGAGAACGGAAGUUAUACAGUUGCAAACGAAUUUACAAGGACAUUGCUAUGACAUGGAAUACGCAGUUGGCGCCGUUAAGGGUGUUGAACACUCUGAAGCAAUCUUCAAAAAUAUACAAGAAAUGAUAAAAACUUCAAUAUUUCUAAAACAACAAUUGAAAUGUGGUGAACUAAAAAACAAGUCUAAGAAGGAGUCUGCUAGUAAUUCCGUUUAUAAACGUUUCUCUGCACAUUUAACAUUAGAUUUGCCAGAAUUACCGGAUUUUAGUGGCGUUAUGCGCGAAACUAGUCAACGUGUAGAAACUAUGAUGACAUCAACAAGAGACAACAAUGUGCCGCAAAGCGGUACCAGCGAACUGCAGCGAUCUUAUACUACAUUACAUUGAAAUUUGUUAGUUAAGAUAAAAUAAUUAGGGAAAAAUAUUAAUUUUUCGAUUUAUACUUCAUUGGCAUUAAUUUGAUAUUACUUUUAUAUAUUUAGUUUUAGGCUUCAUUAAAUAAACAUCUCUUAGCCUUUGUAUUAAGUCAAGUAUUAAAUAUGCAUUUGAAAAAUAUUUAUUUUUGCUAUAUAUCCUAUACGAAUAUACAUGCAUAUGUAUGUAAAAUACAUUUUAGUGUGUUCUUCUAUAUAAGGAUAUGCAUGUCUGUUGAAUCAUAUAUGCACAAGUUUACGUAAAACAUACUUAUAUAAUAGGGGCACAAUUGCAAUACUAUACUCUGUUUAUGUAUAAGACACGUACAUCUUUGGAAUGGUUUAAUGCAGCAGCUGAAUUGUUGCUCGGACAAUAUUGUACGAAUGUGAAUAAAAAUAGGAACUAAGAGUGCUACUCAUAUCCAUAGACAUACAUAUGUAUGCGCGUAGAAUCUAAAAUAUUUACGCUUUGUGGGUAUUAUUUGCAUUGCAGACUGUCUAAAACUUUCUUAACACCAACAUAAUACUGCAUACAACCCACUAAAUGUAGUUAUUUUAGCAAGAUCAAUAAGUUUUGUACAAUGAGAAGCCCUAAUCAAUAACAAUAAUAACCCGACAGUGGGAUCUAUGCAAUCGGAUCGAAUCCGGAUUUAUCUCCGCUCACAGUCUGCAACCUCAGCAACAUUCCCCUAAAUGUUUGAGAUAUCUUCAAUAUUGAGAAAAAUCCGGAAAAAUUACUGAAGUUAUUCUCACUUAAAUAAUAUAUACCAGAUUUUUUUAAAUAGAGUCUAAUCGUCCACUACAUAAAAGUAAUUUACAUACAUAUUUUAAUUUUAAUUAUUUUAAAGCUACGAAAGAUUUUUCAUUUCAGCAUUGAAUAAACGCUGAUUAUCUCAAGAAAUAACCUUAGUUUGUGACUUACAUACAUUAAAAUUCUGAGUCAAACAUUCAAACUUGCAUACAAAUGUAUGUAUGUAUGUGUCUGUCUGUAUGUAAAUGCAAUAAUAAAACUGCUGAAACAAACUCUUAUGUACUCGUACGGAGGAAUAAUGCUUACACAAUCAGUUUUGAAAAUGCAAUGUAGCAAUCAGCUAAAAUUUUUACUAGUGUAGUAUUUUCCAUGCAGAAUGAAUUUUUGUAGCUGCAAUGUAUCGCGUCACCCAUGGCCCAGCUGCAGAUGCCGAAUUUGAGAGCAUAAACAGUGCAGUAUUGCUUAAGGAAUUAAUUAAUAACAUACAUACACACAUAUAGCUACGUCAUUCGCACUGUUUUCCAUUAUUCAAAUAAUAAUUAUUAUUCGGCGCAACAUUUUUUAUACUUUCAUUGAUUGAUGAAAAGCAUAGAUAAUAUUUUUGAAGAAAAAGGGAUCAUUCCUUAGCAAUCUCCGAGUCGA